UUACAAGUGAACUUCCUUAAUCAGUGGCUUGUCUGAAGCGACCAUUCCAUCGAACCACGGAACAAUUUUUUUUUCAAAAUAACAAAGUUUUCUUACUAAAAUUCGAUUCUUGGUACCGUCAUCCCCAGCACGUCUUCUGUGGAAUGAGUUAGACAUGGAGUAAACACCGAUACGUGGUCUAAGGCAGAGCUUCCAGGGCUUUGAUCUCAACAAGCUGUAGCAGGCCUACGGUUUCAUGCAUCAGUAUGUUAGCAGAUGGUUAAAGCCAUGAAUGGCCAUGGAAGAAGAAGAGAGAAACUUUUGCGCUUUGGUUCUACUUCUGCUACGAGUUGGAGCUCCCUGCCUACGUGUUUUCUUCAAAACACAAUGGGAUUCAACAGGACGAAGUGCAAGACCUUGGACCGAUACUACUCAAAAUGGAUCUGACUUACUACGGAUAUUUAAGCCGCUCCCAUACGAGAAAAACAACGUAAAAUCAGGUGACAGAUCAACAUGGGACUURUCUCUAGUCAUAAAKGUUCUCCUCCAUUCAAGSCYACCGUUUGUUUYGACACCAGAUUUAGUGUUAGCGCUUGAAAAGCUAAGAGAAUUAAGAAACAAGCUGUGUCAUGCGACUACUCCAAGAAUUAAAGGGAGCGAUUUUGGAGGAUUUUGGACUGACGCGUGUAAUGCAUUGACUUUAUUUGGUGCGAAAUCUAAGGACUUCGACAAGGUGAAAAGAGAUGUUCAGAGAUCUCCGAGAUUCUUGCUACCAGAGCUAAAAGGGUGCGCGAAUCAAGAGAGGGACAUUCUGUCACUAACCACAAGACAACAAACAACAAAAGAUUUCACAGACAGGUUAAAAUCAGCAAUAAAACGACAAACCGACAACUUUUUGCCCAGGACGGACAGGAAGAUCAGAACUGAUGACAUCUUUACAAACAUGACCAUUCAAUGCGGCCCAGAGUGCUWUGCUCAAACGGAAAGAGAAGAAAGAAAUGGUAGAAAAAGAGAGUACAAGGUGAAAUCAAGAAUAACUUUGCUGRAAAAAUGCUCCGAAAUCUUUAUUUGUCCACGACGACACGACCCCAAAUUCCAAACGAAAGGCUCCAAUCCCAAAUUCAUUCUACUUAUUGGAAAAGCAGGUAUUGGAAAAUCUCUCUUUUGUCGAAAAAAAAUUCGGGACUGGGCAGAUGAUAAGUUGUUUGAAGAAGAGGAAGAUGCCAAGUCAGCCCCUGAUUUUAGGUUUGCAUUUUUGUUGACAUUCCGUCAACUUAAUUCUCUCGGGGACAAAGCACUCACUUUGAAAGACGUCUUGAAGCACUCGCCGAUACUGGAUGACCACUCGAUUAUCGGKAAUGAUGUGUUUGAAAUAAUAAGUAAAGAUCCCGAGAAGGUGUUGAUAAUGCUUGAUGGAUAUGAUGAAUAUGCUCAUCGUGGAAGCAUUGUUGGACAUUUUGAAGCAAAUUACCAAAACGAUCCGAAUGAAGAGAUGYCUGUCCCCGCAUURAUUGCCAAGCUUUUGAAGRGAAAAAUUUGGAAAAAAUCCGUGGUCCUAGUAACUUCAAGGCCUGGUGAAGCCAGCUCAUUGGAAGARAAUGUCAACUUUGAUGCUAAAGCCGAAAUAAAGGGUUUUUCUACCAGUCAGGUUCUGGGUUAUGUAAAAAAGUAUUUCAUGCAUAAUAAAGGUAUGAAAAAUGCAGUACUUGGUCAUGUCAGAGGAAAUGAAAACCUCGUACGUUUUGGUCACAUUCCUGUUAUGUGUUACUUGAUGUGUUACUACAUGGAAUGGCAGRUUGGCAAGUCAAACUUGACAAAACUACUACCAAAUACCAGAACUGAUCUUUACCAUAAAGUCAUUAAAGAGUUUAUCAAAGAAAAUCAUGCUCACUUGAAAUUCAAGCAGGAAAAAACAGAAGAAGAGCUUCAGGAAAUAAUAAGUAAGCUAGCAGAGGUGGCAGUAAAAUUAACAGAAGAGAAGAAGUUCUCAUUCAGCAAAGAUGACAUGCAGAAGUUGGGUAUUUCCAAAGAACAAAUAGCCGCUCUUGAAGCAAGUGGACUUCUGGACURCUGGCCYUCAUUUGUUAAUAARUCUCAACAUCCUUUUCAAGUGCCACUAGAAUACAMGUUUACACAUUUAACUAUCCAGGAAUACCUCUCUGCCUUCGGCUAUGUAGAGAAGAAGAUGAUACCUGAGAAAGACAAGACCACAAACAUGACACUCGUGUUCAUAGCCGAAAUGCUGUCCACAAAAAAGGACGAUAAAAARCUUUUGAAAAWGUUGCUCAAAGCUAUCGAACCAGCCGACAAGAAUGAUGAUACAAACAGGCUACUAACGUUAAACUGUUUGCAAGGAUUUGGAGAUAAAGAACUCGCCGCACAAAGAAUUGCAGAGCUCUACGAGAAAUUCUGUAAUSGAAAKGGAUGGAUAGUCUUCAGUGAUGUAACCGAUAUGGAUUGYUCUUCCAUAGCUUAUUUGUUUAGUAUCAUCAAAUCCCUGAACGACGAAUCAAAUUACAAACAGACGAAGAUAUUCAAAAGGUCUUUUCUUGUCAACACGUUGUACAUUUUAAAUUCUACUUUAGCGACUUCAGGAGUUCGAUCUAUCUGUGACUCAGUCGUUAACUCUACAGUUACUGAGUUAGAUUUGAMCUGCUGCGGACUUGACGAUAGUCACUGUGUUGAAAUAAUAAAAGGCUUGUCGCAAUCCAAGGUAACAACCCURAAUUUGYCCUACAAUCAUAUAACAGGAGAGGAUAAAACAGGUAUUUGUCGAGCUUUAGAAAACUGCAGUGUAAAGAGUGUUAACUUGUGUGGCAAUAGGCUUACUGAGGAAUGUAAGAAGUUUCUUUCAGAUAGAUUGAGAAAACACAGACCAAACCUCAGGUUAGUUUUAGACUGAGUCUCAGACCUGUAAAGUAAUAUUUUAGUAAUACCUAUAUACGAUAUGGACGGCUCGUCUGCAAGGACAUUAACCGAGUGCGAGUUGUCAGGUAAAUAUUGUAUAUUGCUUAUCAAAUUCCUAGGRGUAURCACCUYAGKAYAUCAAAAAAAAAAAGGUUGUCAGUCGGAGAUCUGAAAUCUGAGACCGAAGUGAAUUGUGUGUUGUAAGCUGUGAUUUUUUUCUUUUUUUUUUAGCAGUUACUAGCAACAAGUWAAUAUCUAAAUAUGCCAACUUUGAGCUAUGACCUGCGCUGGCGAAUUGUUUGGCUAAGUGUAUUUUGAAUUUUUAACGAGAAAAACACUCGGCCCCCACAAUUCGGUCUCAGGCCCCGUCCACACGUAUCCGGAAAUUUUUGUAUCCGCAAAUUAUUUUUUAUGGAUACGAAAAUGUUUGCGUCCACACGCAGCGUAUUCGAAUCGUUUUCACCGUCCACACGUAUCCGUUUUCGUAAAAUUUGCGGAUACGGACACAAAACUGAUUUGCGGACAGGUGUGGACGCAACCCGUAUCCGUAAAAAAAAAAUUGCGGAUACAAAAAUUUGCGGAUACGUGUGGACGGGGCCUCAGAUUUACGUUUUCAAAUCUCCGACCGAYAAACUAAAUACUACGAAAUACUACGGUAUAUUUAGAGGAUAUUACAUGCUGGUGCUGGUGGGAAGAUAUGAGGUCUACUUUCGAGUCRGUGAAAAUAUUUCACGAGUAAGCGCAGCAGACGAGUUAAAUAUUUUCCAACACGAAAAGAUAAAUUUCACUUUCUUGAAGCCAAUGUUUAAUUUAAGGUGGAACCAAAUUAAUUCAGAGCGAAUUUUGGACAAUUUUAUUCUCGCUUCCUUCGCAAAACUACUGUGCGUCAAUUUAACUGUAUUUUUCAUAUAAAGUGCUUGGAUUAAGAGUUUUUAAAUGUUUAGCCUAUUAAGGCCGAGAAUCUAAUAGAAGCAGUAAGUUAGUAAGUAACAAGUAAGUCAAAGUAUAUAGUACGUCGCCCGUAAAGUCCUCCACUGGUCAUGAUUGUGAAGCACAUCGAGACCAUGUAAAAUGCGCUAUAUAAGAGCCCCGUUAUUAGUAUUAAGUCAGAGCAAUUUUUAUUUUAGAAAUUUGAAUAUGAUUAUACAAAGAACUAUGUUAUAAAUCCUAAGAUGUGCAACUGAUAAUGUAAUCUUACCAAACAAUUAAAUAACUCAAAUUUUAAAGUUUAAAAUGUCAAACUUUUGAAAACUAUACAAGGAUUAAAUAGCGAUUAUCACAUGUUAA